CCAAGACUUCAUUCAUUCCAAAGUCAAAACCUGUUGUGCUUAACAUACACUCGUCUUCUUCAAUCUUCUUCCAAUCUUCUAGCUUCUAAACUUCUACAAACACAGCAGACGAAAAAAGGCAUUACCAUGAAUGGUCGAGAAAUCCUCCACAAGAUUAUAGUAAAGGCGGGGUUUGGCUCGUCUGACACAGGAAAAGGCAAAAGCAAAACAUCAAAGCACAUCACACAUGGCUUUCACAUGGUAAAGGGAAAAUCAAGUCAUCCCAUGGAAGAUUAUGUAGUAUCUGAAUUCAAGCAAGUUAAGGACAAGGAGUUGGGCUUGUUUGCAAUAUUUGAUGGCCAUUCAGGUCAUGAUGUUCCAAGCUACUUGCAAAGUCAUCUCUUUGAGAAUAUUUUAAAACAGAAUGACUUUUGGACUGAAACAGAGAGUGCUAUAAGGAGGGCUUAUCAUGAAACAGAUGAUGAUAUAUUGAAGAAAACUUCAGUUUUGGGAAGAGGAGGGUCCACAGCUGUAACUGCAAUACUGAUCGGUGGUGAAAAGCUUGUAGUAGCAAAUGUUGGAGAUUCUAGGGCUGUUAUAUGUAAGAAUGGUGUAGCCAAACAACUCUCAGUUGAUCAUGAGCCAAGCAAGGAGAAAAGGUUGAUUGAGGGUCGUGGUGGUUUCGUAUCAAACCUUCCAGGGGAUGUCCCGCGUGUUGAUGGACAGCUUGCUGUAGCAAGGGCAUUUGGUGAUAAGAGCUUAAAGUUACACCUUAGUUCAGAACCUAAUGUGGCAGUUGAGAUGAUAGAUGAUGAUACAGAAUCCAUUAUUUUAGCAAGUGAUGGGAUAUGGAAGGUGAUGACAAACGAAGAUGCAGUAAAUUGUAUUAAACACAUUAAGGAUGCUCAGUCAGCGGCAAAGCGUUUAAUAGAGGAGGCUGUUUCUAGGAAAAGUAAGGAUGACAUAUCCUGCAUAGUAGUGAAGUUCCAAGGAGAGGUUCUCUGCUAGGCUGACUCAUGGUUUUCUCCAAAUGAGGUCAAAAACUGGAUCGCUAGUGUAUAUGAGACAUAAAUCUAUUUCUCUUGCUACCUGCUGAGAUUGUUGCAAUCUUCUAUGGCACUAUUGUAUGUACAAGUGAUCAUGUACCCCUCCUUUCUGUUUCUUUUUCUUUUUGGAACCACCCUUUGCUCAAAACUCUUACAGUGCCUUCCUAUUGGAUGUUGUGCAAUGAAAGCGUCGUUUUAUUAAAAACAGUAGUGUUACAUGUAUAUUUUGUGGAUACUUUUUCUUUAUAUUUGGGGGUGGAAUGAUUUGGAGUCUGUAGUUUACAAUUUCAGCUCUGCCUAAAUUUGUGAUGGUGGUGUGUAUUGGUGUUUCUGUAGUUAUUGUUGCAGAAUUCAGCUGAUGUGUUUUGAGGGAGGCUGGGGGACUCUCGCUUGCCAAAUGGUUUCGCUUGAGAUGUAUGUUUAGGAAGAUUAAUUUCAGGCAUUUAUAUUCUUCCUCUC